AUGUAUAUUUUCCGAAGCGAAUCUCUCCAAGAUGGCGGCACAGGGAAGGAGGCUCAUGGGCCCGGCAGCUCCAGCGGGAGGGAGAAGGUCACCAUUUCUGCCAUGGACUGUUACGUCGUUCGCAAAAUCUACCAGGGCAAGAAUGCUCUGGAGCUGUUUGAGCGCAAGCUGGAGCAGGCCUUGGAGGCUCAGUACAAAUACAUUGUGAUUGAGCCCAUGCGUAUUGGGGAAGAGGCUGCCUGCUGGAUCACUGUUGGGAACUGGCUGCACAAGACGGCCAUGCUAGCCGGCAGAGCUUGCCUCUUCAACCCCCCCCCGGCUGUUCCAGUCGAUUACUCCCAUUACAUCUCUUUGCCUGCUGGCGUCCUCAGCAUAGCCUGCUGCACCCUCUAUGGCCGAGUUUGCCUAUGUCUGCUCUAUGACAUCUCUUGGCAAUUCGACCCCUGCUGCAAGUACCAAUUGGAGUAUAAUGCCUAUAAAGUCUCUCUGCCCCUGCACACACUCGCCUCCUCCACUCCCGUGGUUCUGGUGAGGGAGGACGACCUGCACAAUAGCACUCACUGCCCUGUUGUACUUCACGUCGGAUGA